UCACAGCACAACCAAGAAGAGUUGUGUAAUAUCCUUGAGAGGUUUGUGAGGUGUCUUUUGAGAGUUUUUUGUUAGAGCUUGUAUGUCUCUUCUUUCUAUUCUUGAAAGUAAUAGAAGUAUUUUUCUCUCAUAUUUGCUCGAUACUUUAAUUCCCCCAACAAGUGGUAUCAGAGCCUGGUUGAGCUUUUGAUAUUUAUUUUUUUUCAGAUUUUUUUCAGAAAAAAAGCUACUGUCUGAAAAAUCGUGUUUUUCAAUUUUGCUCGGAAUUGCAAUCUGAUUAUACCAUUGGAUUCGUCUCGUCGAGAGGAGCAAAGUGGUAUUUUCCGGCAACCAACCGGCCACCGGAAGCCACCGCACGCGCCGGCGGGAAGGCAUACACGCCACACGUGCCAACCAGGGGAGAAAGACGAGCUGCAUCAUCGCUGACGUCAGCAGAAUGUCAACGCCAUGCCAGCCUGCAUCAACAGCCUGCUGUGCUCCUGCGUCAGCUGCCACGUCACCUGCCACGUCACCGGCAAGAAUGAGCAGUUCGUCGGGAUCGCCUUUUGCUCGGAGCAGGACCCGAUUAGGGAAAUAUGAAUUGGGUAAGACAUUAGGAGAGGGUAGCUUUGCUAAGGUCAAGCAUGCCAAAAACGUCCAGACGGGUGAUAAUGUCGCCAUCAAAAUCAUUAACCGUGAUCGUGUCCUCCGACAGAACAUUAUGGAACAGAUUAAAAGAGAAAUAUCAACGAUGAAAUUGAUCAGACAUCCAAACGUCGUAAGAAUCCAUGAGGUUAUGGCUAGCAAGACGAAGAUCUAUAUUGUCCUCGAGUAUGUUCAUGGAGGAGAGCUCUUUGAUGAAAUUGCUAGACAUGGAAGACUCAAAGAAGAUGAAGCUAGAAGAUACUUUCAACAACUUAUUAAUGCCGUUGAUUACUGCCAUAGUAGAGGCGUUUACCAUAGAGACUUGAAGCCGGAGAAUCUAUUGCUGGAUUCAUUUGGUACGCUGAAAGUUUCAGACUUUGGAUUGAGUGCACUUUCCAAGCAAGUUCGAGACGAUGGACUGCUUCAUACUGCGUGUGGCACACCAAACUAUGUUGCCCCCGAGGUGUUAACAGAUAAAGGUUAUGAUGGUACAACAACUGAUGUCUGGUCUUGUGGAGUCAUUCUCUUUGUUCUAAUGGCAGGAUACCUGCCUUUUGAUGAACCAAACCUAAAUUCUCUAUACCGAAAAAUCCUGAAGGCUAAUUUUUCACUUCCACCGUGGUUGUCCUCCAGCUCAAAGAAACUUAUCAAGCGUAUUCUUGACCCAAAUCCACUCACGAGGAUCACUAUUCCAGAGAUCCUUGAAGAUGAUUGGUUCAAGAAAGAUUACAAGCCACCACAAUUUGAGCAAGAUGAUGAUGUCAAUCUUGAUGAUGUUGAUGCCAUUUUCAAUGGCUCGGAUGAUCAUCUCAUUACAGAAAGUAAGGAAAAACCUGCUUCUGUCAAUGCGUUCGAGCUGAUCUCCAGGUCAAAAAGUUUCAACUUAGAAAAUUUGUUCGAAAAACAAGGCCUUGUCAAGAGAGAAACACAAUUUACUUCAAGAUCCCCUGCAAAUGAAAUUAUCUCCAAAAUUGAGGAAACUGCAAAACCUCUAGGUUUCAGUGUCCAGAAGAAAAAUUACAAGAUGAAGUUACAAGGUGACAGGACAGGAAGGAAAGGCCACCUAGCUGUAGCAACAGAGGUGUUUGAAGUGGCUCCCUCAUUGCAUUUGGUUGAGCUCCGGAAAACUGGUGGUGACACAUUAGAGUUUCACAAGUUUUACAAGAACUUCUCUUCAGGAUUAAAAGAUAUUGUCUGGACAACUGAACCAACAACCGAACAAAGCUCUGAAGAAAAAAGGUCUUAACAUGCGGCUGUUCCAGCCUUGGACAACACUGCCUGUAUAGUUCAAAUCACUCAGUAGAAUCGAGCGAGAGUUCACAAGAGCAGAGAUACUUUGUAGAUUCAUCCAUAAUCCAUUGUUUCUCUAUCUGAAUUUGAUCCAUAUACGCAGUACAAUAGCGCGAUCUGUUGACACCAGUGCCUCAAGAUGAUACCAGCACUCAACAGUGGGGCAAAUGUUUUGUACAAUUUCAAUACGCAGGAUCCCACAAGAUCUCCAUUUUGUAAACACAACUGCUGCUGGAUAUCAGGGAUAUGCAUAGUGAACUAUUUGCCUAUAUUAGAUUCUAAAUUGUGUGUACAUGUAAAUUUUCUCUAUGAUACUUUUUGUAAACAUAUCAGGAUUGACAUCUUUCAGUAUUGAGCAUCAGUUUAGAUUGAAUUUGUAUAAAGUUUUCUUUUCCCUUUGUAAUCCCUUUUCACAAACUCAUACCAUAUUAAGGUGUUGCAUCUUUUGAGAACCAUCAAUUGUUGAAGUAUGUAUGCCCUUUCCAUAUUACUUUCUAUUCAAGCGAAUCAUUACAUCUUCUGUUAAAGGGGUUGUUACAUAUUUUCAAUCUACAUGGUGAUUUUUCUUCUGUCCCCUUAUUCCUGAAAAUAAAAAUGUCUCAUAAGCUUCUCUUGCUCCCUAACAAUUGAGGAUAGGAUAUGAAACUACAUUUGUCAUGUGGAAAUGCUUGAGAGUUGCCUUAAUUAUUAGAGUAACUUUGGCCCCUAUUGAGAGAUAUUGCUUUUUCUAGCCUGCCUUUCAAAAAAAAAAAAAAAAAAAACUUUUCCCAACUCCUAACUUGCCAGAGCUCAUUGUCUCCAGAUUUUCCUCCAAGAUGCAUCCCCAAGUUAUUUCAUGGAAUAUUGUGAAGUCUUACAUUCAUAUGGAUAAUACCACCAAUAAUGCACCUAACAAUUUCUAGAAUAUUCAAUAUUCUCAAUUUAUAACACAUCUUCUUAAUUUUGAAUUUUCGUCUUCACUCCAAAGUCUUGAUCUCAAUUUGAAAAUUAGAUCUCCAAGUUUGAGAAGCACUGUAAAAAUAUCUUCGACAUAAUCACGAGUUUACUUCUUUAUUGGUAAUACUUUCUUAUUGAAGUGAUACCAUGUAUCUAUAUGAUUUCUUCGAUCGUGAUACACUGUAUUCUUUACAAGUGUGUGCACAAACUUGUUAUGGAUGGAAAUUUUUGUUGCUUCAUCUUGUAGCAGAUUGAGCUCCUUCAAUAUUCUUUUUAGCCAAAUAAUAUGAUAUA